UGUUUUUCUUACGUUUCUACGAAGAGUCAAAGAGCAAAAGAAAAUGGUUGGCAGACUAGCAGAACGUCGUAUUUUCUUAAGAAUUAUCAAUAAUUUGACUAAAUACAAAUGCAAAAGACACUCAUCAACCGAAUCAACCGAAUCAUGGGACAUUGUCCCUCGAAAAGAAGUGAAAAGAUUUAUAAUUGAAUGCAUGUCAUCAGUCAAAACACGCCAAGAUCAUGCAGAAAAAUUGGCAGACAAUUUAUCCACAGCAGACUACAGAGGACAUUAUAGUCAUGGAUUGAAUAGACUCGAUAUGUAUGUUAGAGAUAUAGAUUCUGGUAUAACAGAGAGAGAUGGAGAUCCUACCACAAUAAAGGAGAGCCAAGCUACAGCUUUAGUAGAUGGUCAGAAUGUGCUUGGUCCAGUUGUGGGUGACUACAGCAUGGAGAUAGCUAUACAGAAAGCAAAACAAACAGGAGUUGGUUGGGUAGCUGCAAAAGGUUCAAAUCAUUAUGGAAUUGCUGGAUGGUAUGCCAUGAAAGCUGUAGACCAUGGUCUUCUGGGUUUAUCAUUCACAAACACAUCACCACUUGAAGUUCCAACCAGAGCAAGAAAGCCAACACUAGGAACAAAUCCUUUAAGUUUGGCUGUACCUGCUAAAGACAAGGAUAGUUUUGUGCUAGAUAUGGCCACCACUACUGUAGCUCUUGGUAAAAUUGAGUUACAUGACAGGAAACAGAUCUCAAUACCAGAUGGUUGGGGUGUUGACUGUCAAGGAAAGAUGUGUAAUGUUGCUAAACCAGUGAUAGAAGCUGGCGGACUCAUGCCUUUAGGAGGAUCAGAAAUGACAGGUGGCUAUAAAGGUUAUGGAUUAGCCAUGUUGGUAGAAAUAUUUUGUGGGAUAUUGGCAGGAUCUGAUUAUGGACCAAACAUAAGAAGAUGGAAAAGUACAGAAAGAGUGGCCAAUCUGGGUCAGUGUUUCAUUGCUGUUGACCCAGAUUGUUUUGCUCCAGGAUUUGUAGACAGAAUGUCAGACUUAAUGGAUACUUGUAGAAAUCUGACACCAGCAGAAGGUGAAGAGGAUGUAGUAUUAGUGGCUGGUGAUCCAGAAAGGAGACAUAUGAAGAUGUGUGAUCAGAGAGGAGGAAUACCUUAUCAUCCUAAUCAAAUCAAAUUUGGGGUUGAACUUGCUAAAUCCUUGAAAGUUGAACCAAUGAAAAUUAUACCAGGAUGAAUGGGCUGGAUUAAAAAUGAAAAUGAAGAAUUAAAAUGACAACUUUAUGAUUAAAAUAAUUAUUUGUGCAAUUGAUUUUCUGUGAUAAUGUGCUCAUAACGUAAUUGUUUACAAAAAUUAUAAUAUAGUUAACUCAACAUCUAUGUUUUUUUUUAAAACUUUUUAUGUAAGAUUUUAAUCUAAAUGAUGUUAUAAAAGAUGUUGUAUUUGUAUAGUAUACACCUAACACCUGACAUCACCAUCUAUAACCUGAGUGGGAUCUGAAGUCUGAAUUAUACAAUUACAUUUUAUAUACACAUUCACAAAUAAGAUUCAGAAACAAGCAAUAACAUAAACACUUGUUGCUUGUUUCUGAAUCCUACUUGUGAAUAUGUAUAUAGAAUUUAAAUGUAUAAUUCAGAUUUUCAAAUUAAGAUAUUGUUUACACUUAUCCUGAGGAGCAAUAAUUUUUAUAAAUGAUCAUGAAUCAUGACAAAAUAAAUAAUAACUUUAGCAA